GGCAGAGGUGGAGUCAUGGGGGACGCGUUCAGGGAGCGUACAGCUAGGCUGCUGACGGACUACCUGGAGUACUGCGCCAGCGAGCCCGGCACCCCCGUGCGGGCGCCGUACACGCCCGAGGCCGCCGUGCUGCCCGUGGCCGCCUGGAAACAGAAGACCAAGCUGCACUUCUUGUCGCAAUACCGCGGCUUCCGCGGGAACCGCGUCGAGCUGGUGGCCUGGAUGGCGCAGGAGCUAGUCGCCAACAACCGUGGCGGCCCCAGCUGGGGCCGCGUGGCAGCGCUCGUGACCUUCGCGGGGACGCUGCUGGAGAGGCCGCCGCGGGGGGCCCUUAGGCGGAAGAAGACGGAGAAUGAAGACGUUAGCAGAGACUGCCGGUUCCUGGUGGCCUUGCUGUGUGCUCAGCUCUCCGGACGGCACCGCGCCUGACUGAUGGCGAACGGCGGCUGGGUCCUGUGUUUUUGCCAGGAGUAUUCCAACUCUUGAAGUUCUUUUGCCACUGGGAAUAGAAUCUGGAGAGGACGUUGCCUUCCCAGAGGGAGCCUGCCUUGAAGAGAAGAGCUCACAGGACAGAGGUCAGAGAUUGGGGGUGGGAUGGAGCAUGGAGAAAAAGUUUUGAUGACAUGACUGAAAUCUCACAGUUUGGCUGAGCCUAAAGCUUGUUGCGGCUCAAAAAAUUUCCUUUUCUU